AUGGAGGUUGCUCGGACACAAGCAGCAAGAGAACCCCAGUCAACAGUAGAGGAAACUUUGUCUCUCAAGAGUGUUUUUUAUUUGGUCAUGCAAGCUCAAGGUUUCAUGUUUGAUGGUGGAGAUGAGUGUGCAACAGUUGUCUAUGAGGAUGAUGAAGAAGAAGAAAUGCCCGGUACAGGGAUACGUUGGACUGUUAUUGGAGAAGCAAUGGGAGCAAGUGAACAACUAGAGCUGCGUCGAAGUUCGAGAAUAAGAGAGCUCUAUGCUGAAGAGGAAUUUGAUUCUAAAGAAGAGGAAUUUGACAAUGAGGAUGGGCUGGAUGGCAUGGAUGAAGAUGAAUGA